CCAGAAAAUUUGAAGCGAUGGCAAAGCGCGGUGCCAGCAAGUCGUUUCAGGCCCUGCGUUCGCUGAUCAAGGACGUCGACGUGCCUCCACCGCUCAAGCCCCAUGAAGAAUCGUAUGUGAAGAAGAUCUUUGCAUCGACGGUGUCACAGCGCAUGCAAAGUCUGAGCAGAAGUGAAAAAGCUGACUUGCCUGCUUGGGACGGCCCCGAGAUCGCGUUUGCCGGUCGGUCAAACGUUGGAAAGUCUACGCUUAUCAACGCACUAACGUCGUCCACCAUCAUGAAGACUUCCAAGACGCCGGGACGAACUCAGCAGCUACAUUUUAUCUCCGUUGGCGGGCGGGCAGGCACCCAACCUGACAUUGCCCUCGUUGACAUGCCAGGCUUUGGGUUUGCAAAUGCCCCGAAGAGCAUGGUCGACGACUUCCAUCGGCUCGUUGGACGGUAUAUCAAGCACCGCACCAACGCCAACUUGAAGCGCGUGUUCCUCCUCAUCGAUAGCCGCCGUGGCAUCACACCAGUGGACACAGAGUUUAUGGAGUUUAUGGAGAACCUCGGGACGACGUUCCAGCUCGUGUUUACCAAAGUCGACACACUCAGCUCGAGCGGCAUCGAAAAAACAGUCGCGUCCGCGGAAAACUGCAUCCAGAACUUCAUGAUGAUGCACCCGAUCAUGCAUCUCGUCAGCUCCAAGAACAACAUCGGUAUUCGGGAACUGCGCAACGAAGUCGUGAGCUCGAGUGGCUUGCUCUUUGGGCUCCACACCAAAGCCCAGCGACGAGCAAUUCGCGAGCAGGAAGCGGGGUUCCUCGAUAAUUCCACCGUCAAUUCGACCAAGGCCUAAAGAAAGCAGCCCUGUCGUCAUGCAAGGAGAGGCAGGUUUUAUCUCGUGUCGCGAGUGCGGUGUGUCUGGCACGACGUCUGCUCUAGAGUAUAAUAGCGUCGCCAUUGAAAAUGCUCAUCCACAAAUGCCGUGCCCAUCCCCG